AUGAAGAGUGGUUAUAGGACGGGUUCUAAAGACCCCUCUAAAGACCCCUCUAAAGACCCCUUUAAAGACCCCUCUAAAGACCCCUCUAAAGACCCCUUUAAAGACCCCUCUAAAGACCCCUUUAAAGAUCACUCUAAAGACCCCUCUAAAGACCCCUUUAAAGACCCCUCUAAAGACCCCUUUAAAGACCCCUCUAAAGACCCCUCUAAAGACCCCUUUAAAGACCCCUCUAAAGACCCCUCUAAAGACCCCUUUAAAGACCCCUCUAAAGACCCCUCUAAAGACCCCUUUAAAGACCCCUCUAAAGACCCCUUUAAAGACUCCUUUAAAGACCCCUCUAAAGACCCUUUUAAAGACCCCUCUAAAGAAGAAGAAAAGGUUUCUGUAGUCAAAGUCACAUUUCUCCAUCCUCCUGAGGAAAUAAUACAUGUAUGCAUCACUGUAAUACAGCAUCACAUCUCUAUCAUACAGUAUCACAUCACUGUAAUACAGCAUCACAUCUCUAUCAUACAGCAUCACAUCACUGUCAUACAGUAUCACAUCACUGUCAUACAGUAUCACAUCUCUAUCAUACAGCAUCACAUCUCUAUCAUACAGCAUCACAUCUCUAUCAUACAGCAUCACAUCACUGUCAUACAGUAUCACAUCACUGUCAUACAGCAUCACAUCACUGUCAUACAGUAUCACAUCACUGUCAUACAGCAUCACAUCACUGUAAUACAGCAUCACAUCACUGUCAUACAGUAUCACAUCUCUAUCAUACAGCAUCACAUCACUGUCAUACAGCAUCACAUCACUGUCAUACAGUAUCACAUCACUGUCAUACAGUAUCACAUCUCUAUCAUACAGCAUCGCAUCUCUAUCAUACAGUAUCACAUCACUGUAAUACAGUAUCACAUCACUGUAAUACAGUAUCACAUCACUGUAAUACAGCAUCACAUCACUGUCAUACAGCAUCACAUCACUGUAAUACAGCAUCACAUCUCUAUCAUACAGCAUCGCAUCUCUAUCAUACAGUAUCACAUCACUGUAAUACAGUAUCACAUCACUGUAAUACAGCAUCACAUCACUGUCAUACAGCAUCACAUCACUGUAAUACAGCAUCACAUCUCUAUCAUACAGCAUCACAUCACUGUCAUACAGUAUCACAUCUCUAUCAUACAGCAUCACAUCACUAUCAUACAGCAUCACAUCACUGUAAUACAGCAUCACAUCUCUAUCAUACAGUAUCACAUCACUGUAAUACAGUAUCACAUCACUGUCAUACAGUAUCACAUCACUAUCAUACAGCAUCACAUCACUGUAAUACAGCAUCACAUCUCUAUCAUACAGCAUCACAUCACUGUCAUACAGUAUCACAUCUCUAUCAUACAGCAUCACAUCUCUAUCAUACAGCAUCACAUCUCUAUCAUACAGCAUCACAUCACUGUCAUACAGUAUCACAUCUCUAUCAUACAGCAUCACAUCACUAUCAUACAGCAUCACAUCACUGUAAUACAGCAUCACAUCUCUAUCAUACAGUAUCACAUCACUGUAAUACAGUAUCACAUCACUAUCAUACAGUAUCACAUCACUGUAAUACAGCAUCACAUCUCUAUCAUACAGUAUCACAUCACAUCACUAUCAUACAGCAUCACAUCUCUAUCAUACAGCAUCACAUAUCUAUCAUACAGCAUCACAUCUCUAUCAUACAGCAUCACAUCACUAUCAUACAGCAUCAUAUAUCUAUCAUACACCAUCACAUAUCUAUCAUACAGCAUCACAUAUCGGGUCGGCAGGGUAGCCUAGUGGUUAGAGCGUUGGACUAGUAACCGAAAGGUUGCAAGUUCAAAUCCCCGAGCUGACAAGGUACAAAUCUGUUGUUCUGCCCCUGAACAGGCAGUUAACCCACUGUUCCUAG